AUCAGUUUAAAACAAAACAGAAGAGAAGGAACUACGUUUAAAACAGAGACGUAGUUUGGGAAAGUUCUCUUCGCCGGCAUCGUUCUCAUCAGCGCCGUCUUCGCCGUUCCUUGGUACUUCAUGACCCGAGUAUGCAACAUUAGUAAAUAAACCAAAGUUGAGCUUUUUGGGAAAGGAAGGAGCUUUAAAAAUUCGAAGUUGCAAAGACAACCGAAACGCCGCCGUUGGGGCACUGCUGUCAUUUUCUCGUCUUCUGGUUUUCAUCUGACACUGCCGUCUGAGCUCGUAACAGGGUGUUGAAAUCAGUGUGGCAUUGCCACCUUAAAUGGGAAUACGAGGUUUCCUAUGGAGUUUCAGUGAUUACUAAGUUAUCAUAAGGGAGGAUGCUCCUUUUGGCAAGGCUCAAGAGUGGAACCAAUCAGUUUCAAACCCCUCAAAAGCUAAGAUGUUCUCUUGUGGCUGCUGCUAAACUGUCCGGCCAAUGUGCAUCCUCUGUAGAAACUGAUAUAGACAUUGAUAGGAUUACCAGAAUUAUUAACAACCAUCCUUAUCCUGAUCAGCCGCUUCAGCCAGCUCUUGUCCAGAAUAUCCCACCACGAUUUCUAUCCACGAGCUUUGUGGAGGAUGUGCUUGGUCACCUUUUCGGAGCGCAUUCCAAUGGUCUUAAGGCUCUUGAGUUCUUCAAUUAUUCUCUCCAGCAUUCCCAGCUAUGUCCAAGUUCAGAUGCUUUUGAAAAGACGCUGCACAUCCUUACCAGGAUGUGCUAUUUUGAUAAAGCGUGGGAGUUGAUGGCUAGAAUAAGUAGUAUGCAUCCAUCGUUGCUUACCCUUAAGUCGAUGAGCAUCAUGCUGUCGAAAAUUGCAAAGUUUCAAUCUUAUGAAGAUGUCCUCGCAGCAUUUGAGAAGAUGGAGAAUGACAUUUUUGUUGGGAGGAAGUUUGGGAUUGAUGAGUUUAAUGUGCUGCUUAGAGCAUUUUGCACACAAAGACAAAUGAAGGAGGCACGCUCACUUUUCGUAAAGAUGCACUCUCGGUUUUCACCCAACACCAAGACCAUGAAUAUCUUACUCUUGGGGUUCAAGGAAGCUGGAGAUAUUACUUCAGUAGAACUAUUUUACCAUGAGCUGGCUAGAAGAGGCUUUGCGGCAAACAAUAUAACUUAUAAUAUUAGGAUUGAUGCUUACUGUAAACGAGGUUGCUUUGCUGAUGGUUUGAGGCUAUUUGAAGAAAUGGAAAGGGCCAAUUUGUCACCUUCAUUAGAGACAAUCACUACACUGAUUCAUGGCGCUGGGUUUGUUCGGAAUCCAAUUAAAGCAAGACAGUUAUUUGAUGAGAUUCAUGUGAGAAAUAUGCGUCCUGAUACUGGGGCUUAUAAUGCUUUAAUUAGUUCACUGAUUAGAUGCAAGGAUGUGCAGUCGGCAGUUGCCUUGAUGAAUGACAUGGAUGAGAAGCAUAUCAAGCAUGACCAUAUGACUUAUCACACCAUGUUCUCUGGCCUUAUGAGAACAUCAGGUAUUUAUGGCACUUCAGAUCUGUAUAACAAGAUGGUUGAUAGAAAUUUUGUCCCCAAAACACGAACAGUGGUGAUGUUGAUUAAAUUUUUCUGUGAAAAUCAACAUCUUGAUUUAGGUCUGCAAUUGUGGGGAUACCUAGUGGAGAAGGGAUAUUGUCCUCAUGGUCAUGCAUUAGAUCUUUUGUUAACAGCAUUAUGCUCCCACAGUAGGGUAGUAGAAGCUUUUGAAUGCUCCUUACAAAUGUUGGAGAGAGGGAGGCAUAUGAGUGAAGCAUCAUUUCUGACAUUAGAGAAUUUUCUACUUCAAGCUGGUGAGAUGGACAAGCUGAGUAAGCUGAAGCAGAUGAGACAGAAACUGCAUAAUCUGCUGGCCCGCUGAUAGCUCUUAACCUUUCUAUUUCAUCAUCCAGAAAAACAAGCGAUACAGACUAUCUUAUACUCCUGCAGUCAGGUAAAAUUGUUCUCUUCGAUAUAUUGGAUGUGUUAUAUUUUUGAUAAAUUUAAUGUAGACCUUUCAAAUCAAUGGAAACAAUUAUUUAGUGAAGAAAGAAUACUGAUUUGUGAAUUAUGAGGAAACACAUGUAACACUCCAUUUCUUUUUCCAAACCAUUUUUUGUAAUUUAUUAGUUUAAUUAAUUGAAUGGUUCUAAAUUGCACUGAUGCUAUUUUACAUGGUGAAUCAACAUUGUACGAAAUUUAGUGAAUUGUUAAAUUCUUGUGGCUUCUUGGUUGUUUCAGUUAAGACUUUUCAUGGGAUUGAAUUAGUCAACUAUACAGAAACUAUAUAGCUUGUGGUAUCUUUCUAAGCAUGCAAUUUGGUUUUGAGGUAUGGGUUUUAUACCUGAUAUGAUCUAUUCUAUCUUGCUUCACAGCUACAAUGUAUACAUAGUAGUCUCUUUGAUAAUGAAAGAUUGUUCAAUGCGUCUGUCUCAGGAGUGAUAGUGGCUCUGCUUGGGCAAUUUUUGCCAUAACCAAGAAAGUCAGAGAGAAAUGAACUAAUCCGAUCAUCAGAAACCAGCCAUUAUAUAGAAAGCAAUGGAAAUUUUGCAUCCCUCUCACCCAUUGUUUUCUGUUACUUUCUUCAAUUUUUGUUUUACAUUUUGUUAGUAAAGGCUGUCCCGUUCGUUGUCAAUUAUACACGAAUGGGUUUUGUAAUCUAACGAAAUGCUCCUGUUGUUUAUCAGAAGUUGAAUAAAUUGAGUUUCGUAUGCUCUGGGGGAAGUUUACAUCGUCAAUUUGAUAAUUGACACAA